AUGGCCGAAUAUUUGCCGAAAAUAAAAUCAAUCAUUGAUAGUCUCGUUGGUGCUGGGAAAAACAUAUCUCAACAAGAUUUCAUCCUUUAUGCUUUGGGAGGACUCGGUCCUGAAUACGAAUCUCUCACUGUAGCGGUAACCACUCACACUGACCCCAUCACUAUCGAAGACCUCCAAAGAAUGCUUCUUACACAUGAGAUUCGUCUUGAAUCACUCCACUCUAACUCUCCAACUGCUAAUCUUGCAUUUGGAUCGAGAGGGAUUUCAAAACCAUCCCACUUCCAACGAUCGCGACGUUUAGUCUCCUCUCCGAGUGAUUAUAGUGCAGAAAAUGAAACUGUCAAUAGAUUGAGCUCCCAGAAUUCUAAUGGAUAUCAAAUAAAUGGGCCUUCAAGUUCAUCUAAAUUUUCACACUCCGACCGGGCUUCUACUAUCGGGUUAGGGGGUCCUUCUACUAAUGGGCCUUCUAUUUUGGGUCAUGGGCCUCGUGGGCCCAAUAGAAAUAAAAUACAAUGUCAAUUGUGUGGUCGUUUUGGUCAUGCGGCUAAUGUUUGUCGAUCGGGUUUGUUUUGUAAUAUUUGCAACUUUACAGGUCAUUCGAUUGAAACUUGUCGACGUCGUUAG